GGUCCGUUCCACUUCCGCUCUGUGGCUAGUUGGUUGCGACUUGUUUGGCAGAUUCGACAGAAUUUUUUGCGUACGCAACGCAAAAUUAGGCUCUAACUCUAAAUUCAGGGACUAUAUUUAGUCGUAUUAUGCCUCAGAUCCAUCGCUAAAUUAGUAUGCUUUUGUUAUUUAGCUGCCGGAUAAAUGGAUGAACAGAAAGCGGCUGGUUCUGUGUUUAUGUGUCGGCUAUGCAACCUUUUCUCUCCAAGCCGCUCUCAGCUCCUGGCCCAUUGCUCCCAGCUGCACCCCGAGCAGAAGCCUCCUGAUGACAUCAUCAUCGCGCUGCAGCCCCUUGUAGGCGAGCCUGUUAACACGCUGGCAGGAAGCCCAGUAAAGCGGAAAAGAGGACGACCGAAAGGCUCCACCAAGAAGAUGUGCACGGAUUUGAAGGAGGGCAAGGCUGACUUCACCCAUUCUGCAGAGGAUAAUGUUCAAAGAAAAAAAGAAGGGAUUAAGGAGAAGGACGACAAACAACAUAGCUCAAUAGAAGGAGAAAGCCAUGAUGGGAUGUUGGGGCUGGAAUGUAGAGCCUGUCAUCGCUCGUUCAGCAACAGACGGCAGAUCCUUAAACACAUCUGCCUGGGGGAAGAGGAAGAAGAGGAUGGCGAAACGGAGAAUGGGAGCAUCUGUGGUGGAGCAGGUGCUGAGGGAUCUGGGAAUCUGGAUUCAAUGGGGUCAGAUCCAAAUCAGAUGCAACAAAACUCUGCAAAACCAGGACUUACAAGAGAAAAGGACUUUGGCAGCUUAAGAUCGCAGAGAACCAACCGAAGCCACUUUGCCAAAGAAGGAGGCCUGGCAGCAGGAAACAAAAAGUCAGUCGUCAGUGUUGUUCUAGCAGAAGAUGAAACACUUCCAGGUGUGUCUAAAAUGGUUCCAGUAGAAGAUAGUUCAGAGUCUGCAGCCAUCCAAGCCCAACCUCUGCAGUCUGUAGUCUUCCAGAGUCCACCAGAAGACUUUGGAAGUCACACAGCUGCCUCUGAAGGUAACCCUAAAACAGAUCAGGAGCCCAGUUCUGACCCGACCUGCACAACAACAGCAAGAGCCAGCAGAGGCUUCCAAGAAUAUUCCAUCAAGCAAGAUGCUACCAAUUUACAUCAGAGCCAGUUGAAGAUCUUUGCCUGUGAGUUCUGUAAUAAGAUCUUUAAAUUCAGACACUCUCUGGUGGCCCACCUCAGGACACACACCCAGGAGAAGCCGUUCCAGUGUCCACACUGUGAUUACGCAUCGGCCAUCAAGGCCAAUCUGAAUGUUCACCUGAGAAAGCACACAGGAGAGAAGUUCAGCUGUCAGCACUGUCCUUUCAACUGCCUCAGCCCAGGACAUCUCAAGGUCCACACAGAGCGAGUCCAUUUGAAGGUGAAGCAGCACUGCAGCUUCUGUGAGAAGAAGUACUCAGAUGUGAAGAACUUGCUGAAACACAUGGAGAAACGACAUAACCUGAAAGACCCUGCUGUCCUCCAGAGUUACCAACAGCUCAGGUUAAAAACUCGCCAGGGCCUCAGACAGCUCCUCUAUCACUGUCCCACCUGUAACCGACGCUUUAAGAACCAGCUCGAGCGGGAGCGCCACUUAUUGGUCCACGGGCCCCAGCGUCCCUUUGCCUGCCUCCUCUGUGACCAUGCUGCAACCAAGAUGGCUGCACUCGCUGCUCAUGUCAGGAAGCACCUUUUCAUAUACGUGUGCUAUGUGUGCGAUGGGAAGUUUGUCAGUUCCCAGAGACUGAAAGGUCACCUGAAGGAGACUCACCCAGAGCUGGACCAGGAGCAGGCCUUCACAGACUGUGUCAACAAUAGUUUCUAUCUGAUGCAGCCUGGAGGAGACUUGCGGGGGGAUGAGGAGGGGGAAGAUACAGAGGAAGGGAUGAAGGAACAGAGCAGAAUGGAGGGUGACGAUGAGAGGACAAGAGAGGAUGGUGGAAGAAACAGUGUAGGAGGGGGGGAGUUGCGAGAUGGGGAAGAGAAGCGGUUGGGAGUAGUGGUGAGUGAAGACAGGGAGGAGGAGAACAGGGAAGAACAAGCUGAAUCUCAGGGUGAAAGUACAGAAGAGGUGCGGGUGAUCAAAAGACAAACGGGGAAAGGGGGUGAUUUAGAAAAUGGAGGUACACUGCAAAGUUCUCAAGAAGUGCUCCAUCAAACGAUUUCAGCGCAGACCAUAACUCCUUCUGACAGAGAAGACCAGGCAACAACAGAGUCACAGGAUGACCCGUCGGACUCAUGCACCCCUGCAGCUGAAGAUAACACACAGACUUUUUUAUCACCAGAGAGCAUUCACACCACUGUCUCAGAGGACAGGACGCAAGAAAACACAGCGGAUGAGAACACAUGUGCAGCCAAAAGUACACACACACCUUUGCCUUCAGGAAGUGCAAACUUGUGUGAUUUGGGUGAAGACAUACAUCUGUCUUCAGCACCUCCAGGGGGAGAUGGACAAACUUCAGAUUCAGAAAAGGUGUCAGAGGUUUUCCAUCAGAGUGCGUUCCAGCAGGUGUUAUCAUCUCUUCAGAAGACUCCGCUUAAUAUGGAGUCUUUCCAACGGCUCAGGAAAAUUUAUGGAGACCUGGAAUGUCAAUACUGUGGUAAACUGUUCUGGUACAAAGUCCACUAUAACGUCCAUGUACGCACACACACCAAGGAGCACUCGCACUACUGUUCAAAAUGUAGCUACUCUUCCAUCACCAAAAGCUCUUUAAAGCGGCACCAGAUCCAGAAGCACAGUGGUUUGCUGCUGCCUUGUUCCAAUCCUGGCUGUAAAUACACCACACCUGACAAAUACAAACUUCAGGCCCAUCUGAGGAUGCACCAGGAUCAGGGGAAGAGCGUGGCUUGUCCUGUCUGCCAGCACAGCUACCCAGAGCACAGACUAAAAUACCACAUGAAAACAUCCCACCCUGACACACUCCCAAUGCAGGGCAAAGGACUGAUGGUGCAGCGUGCAGAGAAGUGUCCCUACUGUGACUCCUACUUCCUAAAGAACAGCAGUGACUUUCAGCGACACAUCUGGGCCCACCAAGGUUUGAAGCCAUACGUCUGCAGCAUGUGUGACUAUGCAGGCCGCAGCAGGAGUAACUUGAAGACUCAUAUGAACCGACACAACACAGAGAGACGGCACCUCUGUGAUCUGUGUGGUAAAAAGUUCAAAUCCAAAGUCACGCUGAAAAGCCACAGACUGAGCCACACAGAUGAAGGGAAACGGUUUCAGUGUUCAGAGUGCGACUUCACCUCAGCCUCUAAACCUUCUUUGCUCAGACACAUGGAGCAACACGCUGAGUUUAAGCCAUUUCGCUGUGCCCACUGCCACUACUCCUGUAACAUCGCUGGUCCCCUGAAGCGACACUACAACCUCAAACACCCAGAUCAGAAAUAUCACAAUGCCGGACCUGGACUGCCUAACCCUGAUGCUCUGGAACAGCAAGGUGGUAUGAAGUGUCCUGAAUGUGAGUUUGUUUAUGGUACCAAAUGGGAGCUGAACCGUCACCUGAAGAGCAAACACAGCCUGAAAGUGUUGGAAGGCACCUGGGAGGUGGGGGAGGCAGUAGAAGCCCAGUAUGUUCCUGUAGAGGAUGAAGAGCAGCUGACAGAAGCACCUGUAGCAGCUCUGCAGGACAACGUUAAUGUCCAGGAGAUCACUGAACUCAGUUCAGAGACUUAUGAUGCCGUCACCUCCAUGGUCGCCAUGGCUCCAGGCACUGUUACUGUAGUACAACAGUUGCAGGUCGCUGAAGAGCAGGAAGUUGGUAACUGCAGCAACCAGCUGAUGGUGGUGAACGAAGAGGGGGGUCUAACUGGUAACCAGGUGAUGGUGGUGGAGGAGGCACAUGGCCUGGAAGCUCUGACAGUCCUCACUCAGGGAGAAAACACUCACCACUAUAUUGUCUAUGUCCAGGAACACACUGUGGAAAUCAACUAGUAAAGCUGGUGUUAGACAGUAUAAGACUGUUGGCAGGUCGGUUUACAAAACUGAAGAAACAUAAAAUGUACCAAAAAUUAUUAAAAUCAGGAAUUAGUAAAUGUGUGUCUAUCAUCCUGAAGAAUUUCCUUCAUCAGAUUUAUUUUUCAGUCAUGUGGUAAAUGGGAAAUCAUAUCAUGUGAUGUAUUUUGAAUUAACAAUGUGAAUUUAAAUAAAAUCCCUGUCUUGCAUUA